AUGCGGGCCAACCCCUACCACCCCUUCCAGCUGCGGCGGAUGCAAGGGUACGUCAUGGAGUACUACAAGAGCACGCUGUGGAAGGGGCUGCUCCUCCUCGUCGUCAGUGCCGUCAGCUGGAGCUUCCUCCACGAGGUGGAGAGGGUACGGAGGGCCGCGGCCCCCCCGGGCCAGAGCGCAGGGCUGCCGCGCCGUGCUGAGGAGCAGUUCUUGACGUGGCUCUGCUGCUACGGGGUGGCGGCGGGGCUGUGGCUGCUGCUCAGCUCCCUGCACAAGUGGCGCCUGGUCAUCGACCACCCCGGCGGCUCCUACCAGCUCCACGUCCGGGGACGCCUGUGGCGGCAGCAGCCCCUGCACCAGAUCUACAUCCGCCUCACGGCCCAGGAGAACACCUCCGGCGUCCCCUACUACGCGCUGGUGCUCGGCGGCUACGGCCUGGAGCCCAUCUCGCUGACCACCCUCUCCCGCAACUACCAGUGCCUGGAGCUCCUGGGGCGGCGGAUGGCGCAGCGGCUGCGCAUCAACUACUUCGACUGCCGGGACGCGUCGCGGCGGCACGCGGUGCUGCACUGGCCGCCGGGGGGGCCCCGGGGGGCCGGGGGUGCCGAGGGGGCUGCCGGGCCCCCCAUGGCCCAGCCCGUGUGA